AUGCUUCUGGUUGGGCAAGAACAUGACAAGCGUGACAUUGUCCUCCACCUCAGAGACAGCACACUAACAGACACAGUUCAACUACAAAUGGAAGCUCCCAAAAAUACCACACUCACAGCAUUCUUCAAGCUCUGUCAAAAUGAUGAAUUUGCUACAAAACUGCUAUACAAUGAAGUUCCACACGUCUAUACCCGGUACCAAAACAAAUGGAAAAGAUGUGCACUUGAAGCGCCCACUCAUCAUCCGGGAAUCAAGAAAUCAGACACACUUGGCAGAAUCUAUGUUGUCCAUCCCAACUACUCAGAAUGCUACUAUCUAAGGCUCCUAUUACACCAUGUCAAGGGACCCACAUCAUUUACAGCCUUACGUAUGGUUGAUAACACUGUAUGUCAAACAUAUCGCCAGGCUUGCCAUCUCAGAGGUCUUCAGGAAGAUGAUACACACUGGAAAGUCACUCUGACAGAGGCACAAAUGUGCAAGUCUCCUAUGCAGCUGAGAAACAUCUUCUCCAUCGUGGCGACACGAUAG